CGGAGGGAAAGUUUGAAUCGAGAUUGAGUGAAGAAGCUUGUUGACGUGGAGGAGACUGAAAUAAAAACAACGCCGCCUUCGUCAUGAUUAAACCACCGAGGGGUAAAACACCCCGAAGACCUGCCCAAAAGAAACCAUCCAAUAACAGCAACCUUAAAGAUCCAGUUGGUGUGUACUGCCGGGUCCGCCCGCUUGGUUCAGAGGACCAGGAAUGCUGUAUCGAGGUGAUCAGUGAAACAACAAUACAACUGCACCCUCCAGAAGGGAGCAAAGUUAACAGGAAUGGAGAGUUCAAAGAGACGCAGUAUUCCUUCAAGAAUGUGUUUGGUCUGAACAUAUCUCAGCUUGAACUGUUUGACAACGUGGCAAAACCACUUGUUGAUGAUGUCAUUCAUUGUAAAAAUGGUUUGCUUUUCACGUAUGGUGUGACAGGCAGCGGGAAAACCUAUACAAUGACUGGCUGUCCUGGGGAAGGGGGUCUUCUUCCCCGCUCUCUGGAUAUGAUUUUCAAUAGUAUAGGUCCUUAUCAGGCAAAGCGAUACGUUUUCAAGCCAGAUGACAAAAAUGGCAUGGAGAUUCAGACCUCAGUUGAUGCUUUGUUGGAAAGACAAAAAAGAGAGAGCCAAACAUCUGCACCGAAGACUCUUUCUAGGCAAAGGCCAGAUCCAGAGUUUGCUGACAUGAUCAAUGUAGAAGAUACUUGCAAGGCAGAGGGUAUCGAUGAAGACAGUGUCUACAGUGUUUUUGUUUCAUACAUAGAAAUCUAUAAUAAUUACAUCUAUGAUCUCCUAGAGGAAGUCCCACAUGAUCCAAUAAGGCCAAAGUGGAACGGGUGCGGCACUCCUGUGCGGAGCACUGAGUUCAUACCUCCUCAAUCUAAAAUUCUCAGGGAAGAUCAAAACCAUAAUAUGUAUGUGGCUGGCUGUACAGAAGUAGAGGUGAAAUCGACAGUAGAAGCCUUUGAGGUUUUCUGGAAAGGUCAGAAAAAAAGGCGUAUUGCCAACACUCAGUUAAACCGAGAAUCCAGUCGUUCUCACAGUGUAUUCAUCAUCAAACUGGCUCAAGCACCUUUGGAUGCAGAUGGAGACAAUGUUCUGCAGGAUAAAGAUCAGAUCAGUGUGAGUCAGCUUUGCCUGGUUGAUCUGGCAGGAAGUGAAAGAACAAGCAGAACGCGAGCUGAAGGGAGCCGACUGCGAGAGGCAGGGAACAUAAACCAGUCCCUGAUGACUCUUAGAACAUGUAUAGAAGUUUUAAGAGAGAACCAGAUGUAUGGAACAAACAAGAUGGUACCGUAUAGAGAUUCUAAAGUGACCCAUCUAUUUAAGAACUAUUUUGAUGGGGAAGGAAAAGUGAGAAUGAUUGUUUGUGUCAAUCCUAAAGCAGACGAUUACGAAGAAACUAUGCUGGUGAUGAGGUUUGCUGAGAUGACUCAGGAAGUGGAAGUUGCCAGGCCUGUUGACAGGCCUAUCUGCGGCCUCACACCGGGGCGCAGGAACAGAAACCAGGCCUUCAAGGAAGAGUUGACACGCAAGCUAGAGGAGCGUGGAGGCCCAGUUAAUGGAGAUUUAGAAAACCCUUCAGCCACUGAGAUUCUUAUACAGAGCUUACCGCCUCUGCCUCCUUGUAAUCUUGUGGAUGUUAAUGACGACAAAACCUUGCCCAAACUGAUUGAAUGCCUGGAGAAACGACACAGAAUAAGACAGAUGAUGAUAGAUGAGUUUGAUAAAACAGCUGGAUUGUUUAAAUCUAUGCUCCAGGAGUUUGAUGGUACCCUAAUGGCCAAGGAGAACUUCAUCGAGGAACAGAGAGGAAAGCUGGGUGACAAGGAUAGGGUUAUCAUGGGGCAGAAGUCUGAGGUUGAUCGACUUGAGAAGAAGGUCAAAACCCUAGAAUAUAAGAUUGACAUUUUGCAGAAAACGACUAAUAUUUAUGAAGUGGAUAAACGUUCCUUAAAACAAGAGUUGGAGACAAAGGACCAGAAAUUGCAGCGAGAAUUAUCAGAGAAACGUCGAAUGGAAGCAAGGAUGCAAGGAGUGGUGUCUAAUACAAAGAUGAAAUGGGAGAAGGAAUGUGAGAGACGUGUGGCUGCGAAACAGAUGGAGAUGCAGAACAAACUGUGGGUGAAAGAUGAAAAGCUGAAGCAGCUCAAAGCCAUUGUAACGGAAAGCAAGAGCGAGAGACCAGAGCGACCAGAGAGAUCUGAAAGGCCUGAAAAGCCAGAGAGACCAUCCAGGGAGAAGGACAUGGUUAAGAAAAGAUCUGUGUCUCCAUCGCCUGUACGUAACGCACCACCGGUUCACCCUCGACACAGACGCUCGCGCUCCGCGGGUGGGGAGAGAUGGGUAGAUCAUAAACCAGCCAGUAAUUUGGAGCUAGGUACAGUCAUGCAACCACAUGUACCCAAUGCAAUCAAGGUGUCAGUUCCCAAUGAAAAAGCUUUGUCAAAAUGUGACAAAUACAUGCUGACACACCAGGAGCUGGCAUCGGAUGGGGAGAUUAAAACAAAACUUAUAAAGGGAGAAGUGUUCAAGACAAGAGGGGGAGGACAAUCAGUUCAGUUCACAGACGUAGAAACAUUAAAGCAGGAGUCCCCAACUUCUAGUACAAACCGGAAAAGGAGGUCCUCUGGUAACGCCCCUGUGCAGCAGGAGGAAACCACAGAGAGUGAAUGGACCGAUGUAGAGACGAGGUGUUCUGUAGCUGUAGAGAUGAGGGCGGGUUCUAAUCUUGGACCUGGAUACCAGCACCAUGGCCAACCUAAGCGCAGAAAGCCCUAAUGGAGACCUUUUUUAUUUGUUUUUAUUCUUUCUCACUGCCUUCAAAGGGACAAAGCCAAAUGUUCUAUUUUAAAUUACGGUGAAUGUUGUUAUCCGGUUCUGUGUUUGUGUAUUUUGGUUAAGUUUACACAUCCCCAACCAAACACAAACCUCAAGUAAAUAAUGUGUUUUUUAAACUUUGUUGUGCACACCGUUUAUUUAGUUGCAUAUAACUUGUACAGUCUGUCCCUGAGAUGGCUCCUUUUCAUGUGCAUAUAUAUGUAAUAUUGCAGUCUGUUAAAACGGGUUCAAUAAUUCAUUUAGUAAAACAUGCUGUUUCUAGUGUACUGCUACUCUUGCAAUCUUUAAUGCAGAAGUAAUUCUUUACCAGGUGAUCUACAGGCUUUAUAAAAACCAUUAUCAAUGCUUUUUUAGAAGAAAGUUUUGAAAGACUUUACUGUUUUCCUUGUAUUUUGAUUUUAAUGUUGAACACUUUUUUCUUCUAAUUUCCCUUAAGAUGCUGCUAUUUAUUACUCUUUAAAAAGCACUUUAGUUUUUUUUUUUUUAAGCAUUUCAUAUUCCCAGAGUUUUCUGUUUGUUGCCGUCAUACUGUGGUUUGAA